UUUGUGUUCCCAUCUGAAUUUGCAAUAUGUACCAGAAUCCUGGCUAACAGACAAUCUGCACAAAGAUCACGGGUGAGGAAGCUACAAUACAUUUCAGAGCUUGAACGUAGCGUCACUUCAUUACAGGCUGAAGUUUCGGUGCUGUCGCCACGAGUUGCAUUUCUAGACCACCAACGUUUGCUUCUGAACGUCGACAAUAGUGCUCUCAAGCAAAGAAUCGCAGCACUGGCGCAAGACAAAAUAUUCAAAGAUGCUCAUCAAGAAGCAUUGAAGAGAGAAAUAGAGAGACUGAGGCAAGUUUACCAUCAGCAAAACCUAAAGAAGAUGGAAAAUGCUGCUCACUUGCCAGCACCACCAGCAACAGCUGAUGUUCAGGCAUCCGCUGAGAAAGAGAAACUUAUCAAUGUUUGAGUUUGAGUUCUCAGCCACAGAAAUCCUCGAUUGAAAUUCUGUCAAGAAUGGCCAAAACCAAUGAUAAAAUCUCCUUGUCUAGAAUACAUCUAUAUGUAUAUAAAUCAAGCUGCCUGAUUUAUAUAUAUAUGUUUGUCUUUGGUCACAUACCUUUUAAUUGUGGUGAUCAAUCUCAUUGUGAUUUUGGUGGGUUUUGGCAGAAUCUUAGAAUUAGGAAAAAUUGCAAAUUUUUGGCGUAUUAAGUUUGGGAGUAUGGAACCUAAUAAUUAGUGACUCUUGAUAUGGAAUGACAAAAGAAGGGGUUGCUGCGGUGGCCACUGAUGCUAAAUGCUGUGCCUGUGCAUUCACGUGAUGUGUUUACUCCAACUCAGGCUCAGGGGGUCCACCACGGAUUACAUAAUUGGUUUGCAGGAAAGCAAGCCAUCCAUAUCUGUGGCUUCAAAGCCUCAAAAGAAAUUCAGGUUUGUCUUGCUUCGGCCGAUGAAGAUCCAAGAGGCAGCCUAGGGGUGUGGUUUUGAUUCUUUUAGUAGUAGUAGUCUUAUUUUGUCAGCUUUGAGCGUUUAGUUUAGUCUUUAUUUAUUAGGAGUGGCUUUUAUCUAUUAUUUUACUAUGUUUAUUCUUUUUAUAAGUUGCGUUGGAAGGCAAAGGAUAGUGGUUUUGUUUCGGGAUGUAUGAAAGAAGGGCUGUCACUUGUCAGGGAAGUGUUUACCACUUUUAUGUGCUUUUUCAAUGGUGUUUUUGUUUCCCUAAUAAUGUAUUAUUCUGAAAAUUACUUCACAGAGGAGAAACAAGAAAAUGUAACAAUCCAUUUGGAAUUGUAAAUAGUAAUUUUUUUAAAAAGUCAAUUCAGAGUUGU